AAAGUGUGAAAUUUUCUUUUGUUUUGACCUCCUGUAAGCAACCACGACAGAUAAUAGAGCGAAAAUUGAAUAGUACAAGAGACAGAUAUUUCUCAAUGGCAAGUACAAUAUUUUUUCUUGAAAUUGACUUUUGACAUCAAUGAAACAUUUAAAACAUUGGGUAAGUCUCUGUACAUGUAGUUACCAUAUGCUAACAAGGCAAAUUUUGACCCAAUAUGAUCCUAGUUCUCGAUAGCAACCACCUCCUGUAAGCGACCUCCUAGACUAGGCAUUUUGGGUGGUUGCUUAUGGGAGGUUGGACUGUAUUUUGUUUGUACAUUUGUUGUAAAAGCCAUAUAGGACAUAGCCACAAACUGUGAAUGUCAUGCUAAUUCUGAAUCAUACCUUUGUAAACUGGUUUAGCUACAAAAUAAAUAUUCACAUGGAGUAAGAAAAGUGACCCUUUUAUAAUAAAUUCAGAUUGUCUGUUUUAGGAUAAGGUUAAGCUGUUUCCAGUCAUUUUCUUCAGCUGUAAAUUGAGUCAUCCUCAUCAGACUGUGAUCUUUGUGGUCUCUAUCUGGUGCCUGUUGUAGGCGGGGUCAUUGAGUUGUGUUGUUGAUUGCACUAGAAACUCUACUUUCACAUUCCGCUCUCCAACCAGGUGUAAAAUUAUACUUGUAUUGGUACCAGAGAAUGAAAUGCACAAGAUAAAUUCUGUUUUGGACUAACAUGGCAUCCAAGAGCACUAGAAAUUUGCUAAUUUGCUUAAUUCUACCAAAAAUGGGAUGACUUCUGGUCCCUUUGCAACAGUGUAGCCUGAUGCCUCUGCCAGGCUGCCAGUACUGACUUUUUCCUUACCAUCGUGUAUUAUCUUAGCUAAUUAUGACGAAGCCUGAACAUUUGCCUUGUUAGGAAGAGCACUUGUAUCUACUUAACCGCAAUUGCAACACAGGCAGAAACAUCAGCCUAAUUGCAAUACCUUAGAUUUAAAUUUAGAGGAGACAAGUAUCAACAAAAUUCUGGUAAUGGGAACAAAUCUCUUUUUGUCAAUCAGCAAAGAUGACACUAGUAGUUUGAUAAAAAUGCUCCAGCCUUGGUGAGGUUUUGGUUGGCAGUCACUAGUUAUCACCGUUUGAAUCUUGCUAAUGGUUUUCAAUAUUUUUUUAUAUUAAAGUGCAUCUGGUGGAGGCACAAAGGUAGAUAUUGGACUGAACAUGAAAUUCAGUAAACAGAACAAAGAGGUCCUUGGAUAUGCCAGGAGAACAGAAGAGGGUGAGUGGACUUACUCUCCUACUGCUCGUAAGACAAUUGCUGAGUAUUUAAAGAAGUUUCCUAAGCUUUUUGAAUACCUGGCUAAGAUGUCCUCAAAUGAUCGCUGCUUUGCAAAGGAUUUGGAUAAAGAUGGAAAUGGGUCCAAGCCUUUAUCAGAAGUACAAGGCUGGCUGAAAACGGUACCUGCACUCAACUUAGAGCCAGUAAAAUGCGGCAGCAUCAGUUUAGAUGAGCCAGUUGUUGAAGCUAUUGAGGAGGCAGUGCAACAAACUAAGGUAAAACCAUCCUGUGGAAGUAGUACUCAAUGCACACUACUAAGUCAUGCUCUGGAAAUUUGUAAAACAUUUUUGUACUGGUCUUACAUGAGGGUGUCAAUGGGGUUGACUGCUAACCGUCAAAAUGGCCAAAAAAUUGACUGUCAACCGUCGAAAACACAAUAUUUUUAUCGUCAACCUUCAAAUGAGCAAGCCAAUAUUAGCCAUCAAAUGGCUCAGAUACCAGUAAUAAUUAUUAAGUACUAAACGAUUGACUUACACGUAUAUGGGGUCAAGUUUUGAUGUUCAGAAAUGAUCACUUUAAUAUGUCACAAAAAUACAUUUAUAUGCAAGUCCUUAACUUCUAGUCUCAGGUAAAAAUGGUCAGCAACAGAACUGACUUCUGUCUGGAAACACUUCCGGUGUCCUAAAACUUUAGUUAUUCAUUUAUGAAUGAUGUUAUAGUAGUUACAAAUCACGUCAUAUUUUAAAUGGGUCGAUUUGCAUAACAUUGCCGUUGCUGUUCGUUUAAUUUUACAAAGCAUGAUGUCAAGUGCUGUACAGGUGGUCAUUAGUAUAUAUCGAAGAGUUAGGGAAAAACGGAUCAAGAUAUGUAAAGCACAUAUUUCAGUCACGGCAGACAGUAUGAAACAAGGUAUCGACAAUUUCAAAAAACACCUUGCCGACUUAUUCAGACUCAAAGAGAAAGCCAUUAAACUUUCCCGGGUUAUUUGACCUAAAACUUUACCAUCUGGUGAAGGAAAACAGCACGGCAGAAAACUACAGCAUUCUAACACAGCAGCAGCUUGACUUAGAGUUGCCCCACAGUUUGGCAGUUGAAAGCGACAGCAAGCUAAAUGGUGAGUAUACUUUUCAUUCUCAUUUAACAUUUACAGUAAUGUUGUUUUGAGUUGUUAAUAAUACACUUGAAAAAAUUACUUGAUCCUGAUUGGCAAAAAGGAGUACAGUUUUUUUUACAUCAUGUGUGUAAAGAAAUAUGUUGAAAGUUACAAAAGUCCCUGGAAGUAUUUUUUGGACUUCAAUCAGAAGAAAUAGUAGGAAAUUAUACAUUACUCUUCCUGUCAUGUACAGACAGUGUUUGCAAGCCUGGUCUUCUAUGAUUAAUAGUGACUCAUCAUCUUAUGAAAGGAUAACAAAUCAAAUUAUCUGGAACAACAGGUAUAUUUUAAGUGAGGGGAAAUCCAUUUUUUGCCAGUUUCCAUAACCUCGGACUUCUUAAGGUUAGGGACCUGGUUUCUAAGGAGGGUGUUUUUGAGUUAUUUUUUUUUGUAAAAAAAAUACGUCUUAAUCAACAGUUCUGGGCUGUGUUAUAAACGGAUCAAUGGAUGAGUGCGUGAGAGAUGUACAGUAUUGUGCAAAAGUAAUGAGAGCAUAAUUCAACGAAAUUUGCGAAUUUCGGGGCUUUUCGACGAAAAAUGGCGAAGUUUUGUUCACCUCGAAAGUUGGAAGAAAAUUCAACGAAUUUUCCCGCUGCUCAUUGUUUUAGUCGAAGCGAAUUUUCGAGCAGUAAUUCGUGUCUACUGAUAAU